AUGCCUCGGUCGAGCCGGAAGAGCGCGCCGCGCCGGGACCGCGGCGAGGACCCGCGGCGCGUCGCCGACGAGGACCCGCGCGCCAACGCCGACGUCGACGACGGCGAGUGGGAGGAGGACGGGUGCUUCGCGACGGAGCGGCGGCGGCCGCCGCCGCGGCCGCCGGGCUGCUUCUUCUGCGCGUGCCAGCGCUUCGACGAGGACGACGGCGGCGACGGCGUCGACGACCUCUUGUCGAUCCUGGGCUACCCGCCGGAGCGGCGGUUCGGGGAAUCGACGACGGAGGUGCCGCUGUCCGGCGACGACGACGAGGUGCGCGCGGUCCACGUCCAGGCCGCCUACGAGGACGCCGCGGACGGCGGCGACGACGCGCCGGCGACGCUCGCGACGCGCGAAACGCCGCCGCUCCUGCUCGGCGAGGGCCCCGCGGCGCCGGCGUCGGCGGACGAGCGCGCGCAGGCGGCCGCGAUAUACGACGCCUACGCGGGCUUCUUCGACCACAUCAGCUUCCGCAAGGGCUGGAAGCGGCCGCCGUUCCCGCGGCGGGACGCGGACCCGCUCUUCCGCCGCGCCGCGCGCGUCGCGGCCAUGGCGCGGAGCCGCGACCUGCGGCGCGCGGGCUUCGCGCUGCGCCAGCCCGACGGCGCCGCGCGCGACUGGAUGCACGACGCGCCGAGCCCCGCGGACUCGCCGAACGCGUUCCUCCGGGGCCUGCUCCACGCGACGUUCCAGGACGCGAACGGCUACGUCGAGGGCCUCGACGCCGUCGCCGUGGAGCGGUUCCGGCGCCGCUACGACGCGAUCCCGAGCGCCGGGUAA